CCGAGCUGAUAGCAGCCCCCAGGGCAAUAGAGUCUCUGCUCCUCCUGUGGAAAUUCAGGCAGCUCUAAAAAAUCAAUGUAAUGAGCUGGAACACAAACCUCCUCUCCCAGACCAGGGAGGUAAUGUGGCUUCUGACACUCAGAUGGGUUGGAUCAAGUUGAACUCUACUCCAAGUCCAACUUCACAGCACCAUGCCAACCAGGCACACAUUUGGAAGGGUUUCCCUCCAAAUGAGAACACAGCCAGACAGAGCCAGGGUGAUCUUGUUAAUCCUGACACCUCACAUAGCUUUCAGAUACAGCCAGGCUUCCCCCAACAGCAGGAGAGUCACAUGCAAAAUGGCUAUAAGCUUCCUGCACAGCCUAAUGCUGCCCCAGAGUGCCAUCCUCGAACACCUAAAGCACCCUCUGAUAUUCACACCCAGCCUAACAUACAGCUCAACAAUGUCCAGCCCCAACAGCAUGCAAAUGAGCAGUUUUUUGCCCCAGUGCAACAAGAGCAAUUAUGCAAAAAUGAUCAAAACCUAGGGCAUGUACUACCUCCUGACUUUGUGCAGCGGGGACUUUCACAGCCUCACCAGCAAUAUGAAGCCCACAAGCAACAAGCCAGCACCAUCAUGCAUCAUGAUGCACAGGGUCCCAAAAUGGCAUCACAGUUACAGAACCCCUCUCAGGGUCAGGUGAAUUCCCAAUUCCCAAACAGACACACAAUGGAAGCCUACACACAGGCAGAAAUAUCAUCUCCAACAUACAGGCAACCUAAAACGACAAGUAAAGUGCAGAAUGGAUCCAAUCCAUCUACGCAACUGACCCUCCCUUUUCCUGAUCAGCCUCGGCCCAACUCGCAGCCUUCACCUAAUGACAUGACGUCUGUGUUUUGCUUUGGAGGUGGAGCAGAGAUGCAAAAGCAGCCACAGAGACAGUACACUCCAUCUCUAAGUGCCCAACAUUCCCUGCAGCUUGUCAAACACAUGCUGCCCAGAAAUGUGGACUUUCAGCACUCACAAUAUGAACAAAUGCAACUUCAGCUACCAGAUGGUACCCACGGUAGACAGAUGCCAGCCCAGAUGUUUCCCAAAGCUGAAUCACGGGACUCCUGUUUCCAAUUCCAGAGAGGACCCCUUUCAAGCCCGGGUUCACAAGGGGACUUCCAGAGGCAUGCAGCCCUGCGAAUGCAUCUCCUACAAAAGAAGGAAAGGCCAUUCUGUCCCCAGAGCCCCGACAAGAUCAGACCUGACCUGCAGCUUGUUAAACGUGAGAAUGACCCAAGAUUUGAGGCCCCAAUCCUAAUGCCACCCCAUCAAAUCCAGCAUCAGGAUCGAGACCUGACUGGAAGCAUGCUAGCAACAGUAAAACAGGAACAGACAUCUUCAACCUGCACGCAUAGCCAGCAUAAGAGCAUCCUGGCCACCAUGGAGCAGCAGUUACAACAGUUCCAGCCUUCCCCUGUGUUUGAGAGGAGGUCUCUAGCCAUCAAGUCCCCCAAUAAAGUGAAGGUGGAGAUGGCUGGAGGCGUGGCAGUGAUUUCUACCAAUAUUGAAGGACGUAGUGAGGACCCGUGUAAACCUCCUGCUUCUACUCCCAAAAAAGAGCCAGGGCUGCAGUGUUUUCUGGAUUCACCCAUGAAAUUGCUGGAUACGCCCAUCAAAAACCUGCUGGAUACACCGCUUAAGGCUCAAUAUGAGAUUGCACCAUGUCAUUGUGUUGAGCAAAUCAGUGAAAAGGACGAAGGCCCAUAUUACACUCAUGUGGGAGCAGCUCCAAAUAUCAAGGGCAUCCGAGAAAUGAUGGAGAAGAGGUCUGGCCUGACUGGCAGUGCUAUUAGGAUUGAGAAAGUGGUGUAUACAGGCAAGGAGGGCAAGAGCACACAGGGUUGCCCCAUUGCUAAAUGGGUAAUACGUCGAGCCAAUGUGGAUGAGAAGCUCCUGGUGGUGGUACGAGAGCGGGCCGGUCACACUUGCGAAACAUCGUGCAUUGUGGUAGUAAUCAUGAUAUGGGAGGGAAUACCAACGAGCCUGGCUGACCGUCUCUACAUGGAACUUAGUGAGACACUGACGAAGCAUGGUGCCCUGACUAAUCGUAGAUGUGCACUCAAUGAAGAGAGGACAUGUGCAUGUCAGGGUCGAGACCCUGAUGCCUGCGGGGCUUCCUUCUCCUUUGGUUGCUCCUGGAGUAUGUAUUACAAUGGCUGCAAGUUUGCCAGGAGUAAAAUCCCAAGGAAAUUCAAACUGCUUGGUGAUGAUCCCAAAGAGGAAGAGAUGCUGGAGAAGAAUUUUCAGGCCCUUGCUACUUUGAUAGCUCCAGUGUAUAAGAAAAUGGCACCUGAGGCUUAUAACAACCAGGUGGACCAUGAACACAGAGCUCCAGACUGCCGCCUGGGCCUCAAAGAAGGCCGUCCAUUUUCCGGAGUCACAGCAUGUCUAGACUUCUGUGCCCAUGCCCACAGAGAUCUCCACAACAUGGCGGGAGGUAGUACUGUGGUCUGUACACUAACACGAGAGGACAAUCGUGAGAUCGGAAAGAUCCCUGACGAUGAGCAACUGCAUGUGCUACCAUUGUACAAGCCUUCAUCCACUGAUGAGUUUGGUAGUGCUGAGGCCCAGCUGGAAAAAACAAAGACUGGAGCCAUCCAGGUGCUAAGCACGUUCCGGCGGCAGGUCCGUAUGCUAGCAGAGCCAGCCAAGUCCUGCCGUCAGAGGAAACUAGAAGGCAAGAAAGGUGGAGCUAACAAAUCCGCUCACCCCAGCACACCCAACUCCAAGGCAGACAGCACCCAACAAGCAAAGCAACACAAACAAAGCUCUUGUGACAAUGUGGGCCAGAACACACCUGCAGCAGGUGCACAUCUGAAUCACAUGGGUGCAUCCCUUGUGCCUGGUCAGAACCCUCUAGCUGCCCAAAUCCAGCCUCAACAGCUGAACCAGCAGUCACAGCCCAGCACUCCUCUGCCUUUCUCCAGUCCAACAUCCUCUGCUAACUACCCAAGGUACCCAGGAUCCUUCCCUAGCCCUUCUAAACCCCCAAAUAUGCUUCCUCAGUCUCCCAGCUCAGCCAGCCCUUAUCAUUCUCCUUUACCAGUCCCCAAUUCCUACAUAAAUGGGUCAAAUUCACCAAGCCCUUACCCUGGGGUACUAACUCCCAACACCCUCUAUUCGGGUUACCAGUGUAAUGGGGGUAUUGCCAUGGACAAUUACCACCCUUACUAUUCCAAUCCAAAGCAUCUGGACAUGUACAGACAACAAAGACCAUCUCUGUACCCUGAUCAACAAUUCAACCCUCAGCAGCACUAUGGCAUGAAUUACCCUCCACGCUAUGGCGAGCCAGGCCUACCCGUCAAUGGAUAUGGCAACUGUAACAUGAGACCAAGCAUGAUGGGACACUAUCCAGGAUACAGCUCAAAUGGGGGACCCAGUGCCCAGUUUCUGGAUGCUAUCUCCAGACCUCCUUUAACUCACCCAAGCCUGGACUAUGCAGCUGCAAAUAAAUGUAGUCAGUUUGGUAGAUACCCUAAUCCCUACCUGGCCCAAAAUAACCAUUUGUUCCCCCAAAAUAUGGACCCCCUAAGUAUGCAAAAGCCAGAGAUGAGCCUCCCUGGGGCAAAUGGUUUCACUCAGGUGCUUCCUUCUGUAGGCAGGGAAGUCAUGAACCCCAGCCAACAUCCAGGUAUGAGUUUGCCUAAUGGAAACAUCCCACCCUCUAUGGUCAAGCAAGAGCCAGGAAUUGCAAUGCCUGUACCUCAAGAGGAGGAUGAUGUGUGGUCAGACAAUGAGCACAACUUUCUGGAUCCAGAGAUUGGUGGUGUAGCAGUCGCACCCAGCCAUGGCUCAAUUCUCAUCGAGUGUGCAAAGCGCGAGUUGCAUGCAACCACGCCACUCAAAAAGCCUGAUCGCACCCACCCUACUCGAAUCUCACUAGUCUUCUACCAGCACAAGAACCUGAACGAGGCGAAGCAUGGGUUAGCGUUAUGGGAGGCCAAGAUGGCAGAAAAAGCACGGGAGAAGGAGGAGGAUGCCGAGAAGCAUGGCACAGAUGGGACACCCAGCAAGAGUGGUGGCAAGAGGGUCAAGAAGGAACAUACAGAACCUUCUGAGCCUUCAGAGCCACCAUACAAGCGUUUUGUCCAGAUGCUCGCUGAAAGGUCAUUGUCCUUCACCACCAACACUUAUGUCAGCUCAGCUCCCUAUGCCUUUACUAAGGUCACUGGGCCUUAUAGCCACUUCCUAUAGGGAUCUGCUUAGGUUUACAUCAUCCUCAGACAGGGGAACAAAGUGUCGGAAUUGUGAAAUGGUGCUAAAAUAUUGCUUUUCAGACCUCAGUGCCACUGGCUGUAUUAACCUAGAGACCUACAGAAGCUGCUGUGAGGCAAGCAAAGACUCCACACUAGGGGGAAAAUGCAAAAUGUACA